AUGAAGGCCUCAGCCAUCCUCGUUGCUGCCACCGCAACUCUCGCCCAGGCCACCGGCUGGCACCACAACACUACGUAUACUCGCACCACCACCGUCAGCCAGACUGCCACCGUCACGGAGUGCUCGUCGGGGUACCCCCACAACCCGACGACCUACACGCCUAUCCCCAUGCCUACUAUGAGCACCCGCAUUCCCGGUAACGGCACCAUCGUCCCUCCUCCUCAUGGGGGCAACGGCACUGUAUCCACAAGCACCCGCAGCGGUGGUAACGAGCCCACCAACGUUCCCGUGGCGCCCACAAACGCGGGUGAGCCGAACGUCCCUGGUGCCGCUGCUUUGAACAACGCCGGCAAAGCUGCCCUUGCUGGUGCUGGCUUGGCCGGUGUCUUCUUCCUCCUCUAA